AUGUAUUUCUUUUCACUCGGUCUGCUGGCAAUCUUUUGUACUUGCUCGUUGGUUUUGGCAACGCCGAUCGACUACAACGUCGAUGAGAAACAGGAGAAACUUAUCACAACUGCCAAUCGUCUUUUAGACGAAUUAGCACGAGAACAAGCAAUUCAUGAUGACGAACAAGAAAAUGAUAACGUGGGAUAUUUAGUUGUAAACAAUAGUUUUACGGACGAAGAUGAGCCACAAGCCGAUGGAAUACUUCUCGACAAUGACAAAGAAUUGAUAAAAUAUCUCAAAAAUUUACAAUACUUUAAUCAACAUUUCUCAAGAACGGCACGAGAUGUAGAAUAA